CUCCCCCUCCCCCUCCCCACCCGCACCCUCCCCUAGGGUUUAUCCCCCCGCUCCACCACCCGUGCUCCAAUCCGCCGCCGCUCGCGCCCCACCUCGUCGGGCCCUCGCGGUCCCCCGCCGCCCCCGCCCCCGCCCCCGCCCCCGCCCCGUCCGCAACCUUGGCCGCCGGUCCUCGAGCCUUCCGGGAUGGUGUACGGAUCUGCCAACGCCGGCAAUGGCCAGGGCGCGGGGCUCCACGUGGACAUGCAGAAGCUGUCCCUGGAGGGGAAGAAGGAUGCCGCCGGCGCAGCCGACGCCGCCAAGCCCUCAGGGAUGCAGUACGGGUCUGCCAACACCGGCAAUUCGCAGACCGUGGAGCCGCACGUCGACAGGUCGAUAACGCCCCUGCUCCAGGAGGCCAUGGAUCCCAACUUUUUCUACCAACCCAAUGGAUAUCCCUCACCAGCCUACUACUACCCUAGCGGUUAUGAUGGCUCGACCAAUGAGUGGGACACUCGGUAUGCUGGUCAUGAAGGAAUGGAGGUGCCCCAGCAGAGUGUGUAUGGUGACAUGUACCAUGGAUAUGGUUAUGCUCCCUACGGCCCGUAUCCUUCAGGUUCUCCUGUCCCAACCGUUGGGCAUGAGGGGCAGUCAUAUGGCACACAGCAAUAUCAGUACCCUGGUCAGUAUUAUCAACAGCCGGCUCCAACCAAUGCGAUGCAUGGUGUUAACAGUGCCAAUCCUCAAUCUGAGCUGCCUUCCGCUGCGGCUCACCAGCCACGUGCUACGGUAGUUUCAGCAAAAGUAACUACUGGGACUGCUAGUGGGAUUGCAAAUGCUACCAGUUCACUACCGCGUAAGCAAACUCACCACCAUGUAUCAGUGACCAACAGUGGUUCAUAUGGACGAGGGCCCUCGCAAGGUGGACCUUCCGCUAGCAAUUUUGGUCACACUGGUCACCGUUCUCCAGCUCAGUGGUAUGAUGGGCCGGUCUAUUCUAAUGGGCAUCAGAGAUCAAUUGCUAGUUCCACAUCUUAUGGUUCUAAUUCAUCUUCAGCAAAAAAUCAGAGUCACCGUCCAACAACAAACCUCAUGGGUAUGCAUACACAUGUGCCUUCAUCUGGGAUGGGGCUGACCUCUCCUAGUUAUUCUAGUAGGAUGUACCCUGAUAGCAGAUUGUAUGGUCAGUAUGGUCAGUACGGGAACACACUGAAAGCUGGACUUGGUUUUGGUUCUAAUGUGUAUAACUCGAGAAAUAAUGGACAAUGGGGAGUCGUGGAUACAGUCAAAUACAAGCCUAGAAACCGGGCAACUUUUGGGUUGGGCAGUGAGAAUCAAGAUGGCUUCACUGAGCUUAACAGAGGACCAAGAUCUGGUGGAUUCAGACACCAAAAACCAUUUGGACCUACUGUCACUAUUGCUGUGAAGGGGCAGGUCCUCCCUUCAGCUGGGAAACAAGAGAAUAGCGUCCUUCCAGAUAAGAGUCAAUUUAACCAGGAAGGCUUUUCUGCAACAUACAAGGAUGCAAAGUUCUUUGUUAUCAAAUCUUACAGCGAGGAUGAUGUGCACAAGAGUAUCAAGUACAAUGUGUGGGCAAGCACUCCUAAUGGAAAUAAGAAGCUGGAUGCUGGAUACCGAGAAGCUCAGGAGAAAUCCAGUGAAUGCCCGGUGUUCUUAUUUUUCUCUGUGAACACAAGUGGUCAAUUUGUUGGUGUUGCCGAAAUGGUUGGUCCUGUUGACUUUGACAAGACGGUAGAUUAUUGGCAACAAGACAAGUGGAAUGGCUGCUUUUCAAUCAAGUGGCACAUCGUGAAGGAUAUCCCCAACAACAUUCUGAAGCAUAUUACGUUGGACAACAAUGACAAUAAGCCUGUGACAAACAGCCGUGACACACAAGAGGUUAAGCUUGAGCAAGGUCUUCAAAUGCUCAAGAUUUUCAAGGAACAUGUCAGCAAGACCUCAAUUUUGGAUGACUUUGCAUUUUACGAGAACCGACAGAAGUUGAUGCAAGAAAAGAGAGCAAAGCAACAACCGCUUCAGGGGCAGGGCGUUGAUGAGAAGGAGAAGAGCGCAGUUAACGGGAACUCCGCUGCACAGAAGCAGACACCGAGCAAGGAGAGCACCGCCCCUGCCGCCGGGGAAGAGCCGAACGCUUCCAAACCCACCACAGCUGAAAGCGGCGUCGUGAGUGCCAACUAGCGUGAUAUAUUUCUUACGCUCGUUACUGUUAACACAUGCGGUAGUCGAUUGCGCAAAACUCGGUCAGGCUUCGAAAUAUGCGCGGAUCAUCAUACAUGGGAAACUAAAGUUAGGUGGUGUGACUUGGUUCUCAUCGUUUAGGUCUCUUAUAUACCUGGUGACAUCGCGUUCUUAUAUGUGGCCCCUUUCCUAUUCCUAUUUUUGUUUCGGAGUCUUGUUGGUUAAGUAAUUUCAGCUAUUUGUUAUUGUUUAGACUAAAGGAGCUGGUUUUCGAUACUUCUAGACAACAUUUAAGGUACCAAGCUUUUUUCUGAGUGUUGUAGUGCUGGAGAAAGUAAUAAGAACAAAGAACUCCCGUUUUUUCUA